AUGAGAAGAGGGAUAUCCUCAGCUCCGGACAAAGUGAUUUUAGCGGGGGUUGGAAGCUCUCCUUUAGACAAUAAUAUUAUUUUAACAACUCUCUCGGAUCGGUUGAACCCUAGUCUAUCCAGUGCUACAUAUAUCCAGAUAAUAACGACCCCACCACCUUGCAAUAUUACACAGACAAAUGUCUGUUUGUCCGAACCUCAAACAAACAACAUUUACUCAACUCCACAACAAGCUGCGACAAACGGAGCCGGACAACGACCCGCUUUAGGAAGACCUCCGGCGAAGAGGCGGUUGGCAUUGGAUGAUUCGGACCAUCAUUACCAAGCAGAGCCAACCAGAACCCCAAAGGGUAGAUCAACGGCAGGAGCCAACGGAACACGAUUAAAGACUCCCAGAACCCCCAAGUCUCCAACAGAGAAGACAAGGUAUGAUACCUCCCUGGGGCUGCUUACUAAGAAGUUUGUAGAGUUACUUGCCCAAUCCUCUGAUGGGGUUCUGGACCUCAACCUUGCUGCGGAAACCUUACAGGUCCAGAAAAGACGGUUGUAUGACAUCACCAAUGUACUGGAGGGCAUUCAUCUCAUUAAGAAGAAAUCCAAGAACAAUAUCCAGUGGAUGGGCUGUAGUCUGUCAGACGUAGAUGGGGCUUUAAGCCAGAGACAGAGACUGACAGCAGAGGUGUCUGCCUUGGGGGAAGAAGAGCAGAGGCUUGAACAGCUCAUCCAGAGAUGUACCCUGGACAUGCGACACAUGAGUGAGAUGCCAAACAACCAGAAAUAUGCAUAUGUAACAUACCAAGACAUCAGACAGCAAGGCAACCUAAGAGACCAGACUGUUAUAGUGGUCAAAGCCCCUACAGACACCAAACUAGAAGUACCGGAUCCUGAGGAGAGUCUGUCCAUCCAUCUGACCAGCACUAAGGGGCCUAUUGAAGUACUGCUCUGUCCAGAUGAGGACAAUGACCCCAGGAGUCCUGUAAAAAAUGGCAACUUGGACAUUAAUGGGAACUCCCCCUUCCUCAAAGUCCUUCAAGAAACAUCCAGCUCAACAACUACUUCCAUCAGCCAGUCCCUCGCACCGCCUUCUGCUGUCUCCGUCACCACUCUCUCCCCUAUCUCCUCUCCCUUCACCAGUCUUCUCCAGCAAACGGAAGACCAAAUCCCUUCACUCGGGGCCCUUGGAGGCUCCCUAGGACCUUUCCUCAACCUAGUUCCCCCAAUCCUGGAACAGGAUGACUAUCUCUUAGGUCUGGGAGAUGACCAGGGAAUCAGCGACUUGUUCGAUGCCUAUGACUUUGAUAAGAUGCCCUCUCUGGGCCUAGACGAUCUUCUGUGUAGCUAG